AUGACAUUCAUGGCGAGAGCUCUUUCGCUCGCGGGCCUCUUGACUACCGUGAAAUGCCAGGAAUACCAAGCAGUUACGCCGCUUGUCGCGGGCACAGUCGGAGACAAUCCUACAUGCGCGCAAAUGGCUACAGCCGGCGAGUGGCAAGAUCUGACGGAGGCCCAGUGCAGGCAGUAUGUCCAGCAGACUGCGGGGGCCACGUUUGUAGGAACAGGUGUUGGAGUCAGUCAAGAAAUCCCAUGCGGGUGCACCACCGCCGAUUUCGACAACAACCAGUACUACUAUACUCCAUGUACAACGGGAGUAAGUACGUCAAGCGAGGAGUACCACCACAUCUGCGUCAAGACCGUCACUUGCCAGUCCAUGACCUGCCUCGAGAGGUUCCUGUAUUGGUGCCAGCAAAGCACUGUGGGCUUCGGCUCCAACAACAACGUGGCGGCCGCGAACUCUCCGCGGGACAUCCUCGUUGCCGAGUGCCCCGACUGCAAUGGCGCCGCCAGCACGAACACUUGCCCAACGAAGCUUCGUUUGUACGAUGCCGCUCCGGAGGAGGAGCCGACCUCGCUGCUCGACAAGACGUCCGUUGCGGUGUCAGUGCCGAUCGGAUUGGUGUCCGCUCUCGCCGCUGUGGGUGCGGUCGUCGGCGUCUCCCGCCGCCGCGCGUCCAACCAGCCAGUGCUCGUGGAGGACGAGCAAGAUCUGCUGCGCGAGUGA